AUUGUAAUGAAUAAAUAUUUUUUUCUAUAGUGUUGUUCAGUCAUCGUUAAUCGGUCUGUUAAAGCAUCACUGAUAAACUUUAUGGCGUCAGCUCUGGGAUACAUAGUGUCUAAUGACAAAUUAUUUAUUGAUUCGGUACAUGGCGUGAUCACAAGCCAGCACGCUCAGCGCUGCUCGUGAAGUAUCAGACGACGUUGCUCCUUCCACCAAUAUCUCAACUACCCUGUUCCAGUCCUUAACCUCAUAAGUGUGAAAAAAAUACAGUGAAAUAAAAUAUUAUAAUUUUUUUAAAUACUAUCUGCACAGAUUUAAAAUGGCACAAAAUAAGGAGUCGGCAACUGUUCUUGAUAAAGGCGUCUACAUAAUACACACCGAAGAAAAACUAAAAACAUCUGACUUCUCACCAAGUUUUAGCACUGACAAGAGUGUGAUUGUUCAAAAUAAUGAAAAGAAAAAGAAAAUUAAGUGGAAAACCAUAGUGACUCCUACGUGUGUUCAUUAUUAUACUUUGACUAUAUUAGGCUUAAUAUCAUGGGGUUUUUUAUGGUCUGCUUGGGGCGACGGAUGGAAAUACAACGGCGAAUGGUUCAGACUCGGUGUGAUCGUGGUGAUAGCUUGGGCCAGUGGACAGAUUCUAAACAGUGUGACAACUCUACCACCUCUGUUAGCGGCGCUUUUGACUGGAAUACUUGCUCGUCACUUGGAUUACCUGGACAUGAGAAUGUUUCCUCACGUCGAUGGUUUUUUGAGAAAAAUUUACCCAGUAAUCAUUCUGGGCAAAUCGUCGUUGGCGUGGGAUACGAACUUCAUGAAGCGAAACUGGCGUCAAGUCGCAUCACUCGGAACCUUACCUUGGAUUGCUGAAGUGGCCACGCUAACCGUCUGCACCCGGUUUCUCCUGGAUUUACCUUGGGUAUGGGGAGUGCUACUGGGAUCGAUCUACGCUUCGCUGUCGUGCGCGGUGGUGAUGCCGGCGGUGCUGCGGAGUGGGGUCAGCCCCGACAGGACGCACAACUGGCCCCAACUAGUGUGCACAGCCGGCGGGACCGACACGGCGCUCAGCGUCGGCGUUUACGGCAUCGUCUUUAGCUACAUUUUCAGCGAUGUCGAUGAUACCUACCGCUAUAUCAAAGUCGGGUUGACGCUGUUCGUGGGCGUAGCGCUGGGAGUCGCCUGGGGCAGCCUGGCGGGCCUGGUGCCGCACUCACACGACUAUUACGUCACGGAGUUACGAGUUUUAUUCGUACUGCUUGGCGGCAUGUUCGCAAACUUCUUCACCCUAUACUUGGGAUGGGGCGGCACUGCUGGUGUAGCAGUUUUGGCGUGCAACGCGACUGCGGCGACGCAUUGGGCGCGCGACGGCUGGAAGCUAAAUAACAAUCCCGCUUCGACGGUAUAUCGGGUGUUGUGGUCCGCUUUGGAACCUGCUCUCUUCGCUUUCACGGGAACAUACUUUGUGAUUUCGAACGCAAUGUCCCAGAUAUUACUCAUCGGCUUGGGGAUUCUUUUGAUCUGUUUGACGAUUAGAUUGACAGUAGCCACUGUAGUGUGUUGGGGCAUGACGUUUAGAGAGAAAGUGUUUAUCUGCUGCACGUGGACGCCUAAAUCCAUUGUUGAGGCGGUUUUGUGCCCACUGGCAAUAAAUACAUUAAUAUUAAGAGGCGAUCAUAGCACAAAAGACAUGGAGUAUGCCGAACAAUUAGUGAAACUAAUCGUGCCAGCUAUUUUAAUAACGACGCCUAUCGGAUCCGUGCUCACGAACUAUUUAGCGCCAAUUUUGCUAAAGGACGUACAGAAAAAACAUCGAAAUGAAAGCGAAGCUUAAGCUCCAGCGACCCCAGAAUAGGUUUCUACACGUAUACAAUAAAUAUUUAUUAUAGCCUAAGUCGUAAAUAUAAUAUUGCUCAAAUGAAACAGUAUUCGAUGAACACGAUGCAAUAUUUGUAGUGGAAUACAAAUAUGCUUUAAAAUUUAUAGGAGGCAGGCGUUCUGGGCAUCGGAGUUAUGAUAUAGAAUAGUACGAUGUUCAUUUAACAAUAAAAACUGUAAUGUCUCAAUUACAAAUGUUUGUAAAAUUAGUGUUUCGUAUAAAAUGUUUAACGAGCGGCUAUAAUACUUGCUACUGAGUUUAUCUUCGAAGAAUUCAUUGUGUCAAUUAACUUCGUGAUAAAUAUGUCGCCGUUUAUUAGAUGGUCACUGAAUAUGUAGUCAGCCACAACAGUAGCUGAUCAAAUUCAAAACUUCAUACCGCUAAUAACGUAAAGUUUAGUUGAAAACUUUUUUCUUUGCGUGAAAAAAUCCCUAUUAUUUUAUUUAAAAAAAAUGUUGGUGCGAACAUGAAAGUGGGUAGCGUUUGGCAAUUUUUAAUUUGUUUAGUUACUUUUGUUGCUGACUGUACUACAUGAGAAUAAACAGCGAGUCGCAUGGGCUAUCACAACCGACAAAUUAAAACGUUGACAAUUUUGCAGAGUCAUAUAGGUAUAUAAUAUAAUUUUAUAACUUCAACUGUUUCGGUGGCGUAGUUGUAAUCGUACACGGUGCGAGUAUAACUACCGCGCUGAGAACUUGGAUUCGAAUCCCAGAUAAGGUAAAAUAGUUGUGACUGAGGUUUUCCAUCUUAAAAUUACUCACUCGCAGCUCGGAGAUUUUGGCGAUAUGACACCUCCGGACUAUAAGAGUGAAGGAACAGAGAGUGCACCUGUGUAUUGCACACACACUUGUGCAGUAUGAUGUCUCCUGUGUACCUGGCUGAUCCGAUGAGAAUGGCCGCCGUGGGCAAAGUUCAAUGAGGAAGAAAUCUUAACAUAAUUUUAUUAGCGAAUUAUAAUAGAGCAUAAAAAUAAUUUCUAAAUUAUUAUUAUUAUGAAUAUUUUUAAAUAAACGUUUUAAUACGGUGCAGCAAAUAUUAAUUAAGAAAUAUUUUUUAUGCCAAUGUAAAAUAUGUGGAAGGGACGAAAUAUAUAACCUAAAAUGUAUUUUUUGAAGUUAUACUUCUCUUGAUUAAGAUAUAUUUUAUUACGAUACGCGCGCACACCGUCACAAAAAACUGACACCAUGAAAUUAUAUUAUUAUUUAAUAUGUAAUAAGUGUACAAUUUUUUUUAUAAUAGAUACUAUUAAUAAUUAUUAAAGUUAGGAAAAAAAUAUUUAACUAAAUAAUGCAUUAUAAUAAAACUGUCUUUCAAUGUAUUCAGUACCUUUUUUUCUGUUAUAAGUGUCGUUUUCUCUAUAAAAAUAUGAUAACGCGAAGGAUAAAAUUUUUAGAAAGAUUUUUAUCUUAUUACACUAAAAAAGUAUAACUUCUUACGUACACACACGUUUUUUAUUUUAAGUUCCCCUAAAAUAAAAUGUAAUGUAUUCGGUAAUCAGUAUCAGCUGAGCUAAUAUUGAACGUAGUUAAAUCUUAUUUUACUAGACUAAUUUAUAAAUGGAAAUGUUCGUAAAAAUGUUUGUUGCUUUUUUCUUACUAAUAUUAUAAGUGUGAAUAUUAGGGAAAAUGUUUGCAUGUUUGUAUGUUUUUUAGAAGUAAACUCAAAAACCGCUGAACAGAUUUAGAUGUAAUCUGGUACACAGAUAGACCUUGUACUGGAUUAACACAAUAUAGGCUACUUUUAUCGGCUAAUUUGCUCCCGUGAAAAAUAUUUUAAGAUUUUUGUAAAAUACUCGAAGUAUGCUCGAUAGAUGCUUAUAGCCUAAAUUAAAAAGUAACCAAUAUUUAAACCCAAAGGACUCAAAUAGAUACUAAACUCACAGAAUGAUCCUGUAUAUAAAACUCCAGCAAUGACUUUAACAUUAUUUAUAUUACAAGCACAUCGCACGUACUAUCAAAACAU